CAAAUCCUAAAACCUGAGAUAAUGGACCAGCAGAAUUUUUCCUUGGUGUCAGAAUUUGUGUUGUAUGGACUCUCUAGUUCACGACAUCUCCAAAAUAUUUUCUUUAUAUUUUUCUCUGUUACUUAUGUGGCCAUUAUGUUGGGUAAUCUCCUUAUUGUGAUCACUGUGAUUUCCGACCCCUGCUUGCACUCUUCUCCUAUGUACUUCCUCCUGGGAAAUCUAUCUUUCCUGGACAUGUGGCUAGCCUCAUUUGCUACCCCCAAAAUGAUUAGGGAUUUCCUUAGUGAUCAAAAGCUAAUCUCCUUUGGAGGAUGUAUGGCUCAGAUUUUCUUCUUGCACUUUACUGGUGGAGCUGAGAUGGUACUGCUGGUUUCCAUGGCCUAUGACAGAUAUGUGGCCAUAUGCAAACCCCUGCAUUAUAUGAUCAUGUUGAGCCAGAAGACUUGCAUCAGGCUAGUGCUUGUUUCAUGGGUAAUUGGAUUUGUUCACUCAAUCAGUCAGGUGGCUUUUACUGUAAGCUUACCUUACUGUGGCCCCAAUGAGGUGGACAGCUUCUUCUGUGACCUCCCUCUGGUGAUCAAACUUGCCUGCAUGGACACCUACGUCUUGGGUAUACUUAUGAUCUCAGACAGUGGGUUGCUUUCCAUGAGCUGUUUUCUGCUUCUUGUGGUUUCCUAUACUGCCAUCAUCCUCACUGUCCGACAGCAUGCUGCUGGUGGUGUAUCCAAAGCAUUAUCUACCUGCUCUGCACAUUUCACGGUAGUCACUCUGUUCUUUGGGCCCUGCAUUUUCAUUUAUGUGUGGCCUUUCAGUAGGUUUUCUGUGGACAAGAUCCUGUCUGUGUUUUACACUAUUUUUACUCCACUCUUGAACCCCCUUAUCUACACAUUGAGAAAUGAGGAGAUGAAAACAGCGAUGAAGAAACUGUGGAACCGACAUGUGACUUUUCACUGA